AUGGCAGAGGAUUUGGUUCAUUCUAGCUUUAGCUUGGAUGAAGCGUUCAGUUUUGUUUUCGACAAUUCACCUGGUGAACCAGUUACACCAUAUCGGCUUGCCAUAUAUCUUCUCAUACGAGUUUUGGAUGCGAACCAUCGAUUGAAGCCGUUUACACACAAAGAACAAUAUCAGCUAUCGUCGUUGGUGCAUUCACUUUUAAAUGCAGUUAAUCUAAGCUUUCCAGAAAUGAUUGAUAUGGUGAUGGCACCGCUGAAAGAAGUUUCAGUAAAUUUAUUUUUGGAAUUUACGACAAAAAUAGAUGCUCAUCGUGGAAAUGUGGAAGUACUUAUCCGUCGUGAUGAAUUAUUUUAUCAGCCUCGAAAGCUAGACCGUUUGGGACAACCAUUCGUUUUACCCAAAAGUCUUAUCGGUAUUUUUGUUCGCAAGUUGGCAGUCACACAAGCGUGCCAAAGUGUUACGCAAAUUCAACGGUCACAUAAACAGUGGUUGGAAUGGUUGGAUGAUUCUCGUCCCGCUGCUCGUAGUGAUCUUUUUGGUGGUUAUGCCAAGAACGUGUCUAAUUUGACCGCUUCAUCUACAUCAGGUGAUACACAUCUGGCUCCUCUUAUAGACGACAUAAUGCACUUGAGAGUUACACCAAUCAAAGACAAGGCUACAAGGAUGAGUGAAGAAUUUUUGAAAGCCUCAAUAUCACCAGCGAGUAGAAAAAAAAAAGCAGUCGAAGUUGGACACCAAGACAAGCAGUGCAGAAGGAGUCUUUUCAGAGCUGAUGUACCACUGCCACCUACAACACUUUACGAAUUACAGCAACAUCCUGGUGCGCAACCACAACUAACUGAGCUGCUUUCUUCAAGUAGAGCUCGAGCUCUUAUCAGCCGACAGUUGCAUGCGUUGCAUGUUUCACCGGAUGAUGCAAUGGAAGAAAAACAACUGAAGGCUGCGUGCGAUUUUAUUAAGAAACAUUAUCCUGAUUUACCGCUUGUACAUUUGGUUGAUAUGAUGAAUGCGAUACGUUCUCAUAACAUGUUCGAAGCUGGUGAAGCAUUACAACAAUUCUUUGAUUGGACGGCGAUACGCAUCAAUGAAACGAGUAAUAUAAACCGUUCAAUCACUGCUACUGACCAGCGUCCCUUACGUUAUGCACCUUUGUUGCAUGCGAGACUUGCUCGAGUUUUUGGAUAUAAGGAUCAUGCUCGGCAUUUUCUCUCUGAAGCAGUGCACCAAGCACAAACGAGCCACGAUUUGGUCUGUUUACGAUUGGCGGAGGUUGAACAAGCUGCAAUCAAUGCAGAUGAAGAUUUGAAUUCAACCGGAGAAAACGAUUCAGCUGAUGAAUCGAAAACACAUUUUAUUUCGGCGGCACUGCUUGCAUCAAUGUCGAUUAGUAAUGGUGAAACACAGGAAUCAAUAGAGGAAGAUGAUAAGAUCAAAGCUGAAGAAGCUGAUACACGAGCUUUUAUUAAGCAACUCAAUGACUGUGCUACAUUGCAAAACUGUAUUAGCCUAGCAAGAUCUGCUAAUGACCCAAAAAGUAUGAUAAAGGGCUUGCAAAUGUGUGCUGGUGCUGAUUACGGUGUUGAUCGAGAAUCUCAGUCACGACUUGUGAAUGAGGCUGCCCGUGUAAUUUCUGCUACCAUAAAACUUGCAAAUGGUUUCGUCGAUUCAGCUACGAGUGAUUGCAAUCGUAUCCUCUAUUUUAAUCCGGGUGACCAAUGGUGUCAACGAUAUGAUACUGAGUCCCAUGUAAUUGCUGCAGUAAAUGUCGCUUACGCUCAUGCUUUAAACGGACAAUUUGAUGAAGCACGCGUGCUAGUGAAAAGAUUGAAGAUGCGAUUCACAGAGAAAAACAACUGGCAGUGUGCUUUUCAUUGGAAGUUAUGCGAAUCACUAAUUGAAUAUGACCGGGCUUUCUUCUUUGGUGACUGGAUGGCUGCUGAUCAAUGGCUCUUGAUAAUGGAGCAGUUAGCUCCUUCGGAAGCUGGUUUAAGAAAAGCCAUUUUGGUUCACUCCAAGGGUGAUCUGCAAGAGUCAAUAAAUAUAGCGAAGGAAAAUGUCGAAAGAGUGAAGAAUUCAAAAGAUUUAAGGCUGAGACUGAGAUGUGAUAUAGCAUUAGCAAUGUUAUAUGCCUCAAAUAAUUUGGAGCAUGUAGCGCUAUCAAUUUUGGAGCAGUGCAAGCAUCUUGCAUAUAAGCAUUCCCUGGAUACAUUUUACGCGAUUAUCAUGCGACGAAUUGCUUAUAUAGAUGCAACAGAAGAACGAUUUGACGAAGCAUUAAGGAAAAUUGAAGAGUGUGAGUGGGCUGUCAAAAUUCGAUGCCACCCUUUGGAAAACGCAUUUUUGCAUAUGACUUCUUCCAUAGUGUAUGCUCAGAAAGAUGACAUAUCAUCAGAUACAGUUCCGCAACAACUCAAUGCUCUAGCUGCAGCGCGUCGAGAAUUUCGCCGUGCUUCCGCACCACUUCUUGAGAAAGUCGUCCUUCUUAUUGCCGCCAAACUAUUUGACAGAUGUAAACAAACUGAUGAACGAGAUGAAUGUGCAGCACUGUUUUGUGAUAUGGAAGAACAGUAUCCAGGGCAAAUCGAUUGGACAAUUUUAUGAAUUUAGGUGACAGUUCGCUUUCUUGAUUUCCAUUGAAAUUAUAUAUCCCUUCCUGAAUAAUCUCAUAUGCUUGCAAUUGUUCGUUAUUAUCUGUAUUUACAAUCACUGCUGUGACGAAACAAACUCUAAACAAAGAAGUCAUGCCAAUUGCAGUGCACUUUUUAUUUUCAUAGGCAUAGCUACCUCACAUCAAAUACAAUGCGAAAGGAGAAAGAAAGACUAGAUGCCGU